AUGGGAUUCAUUUUGAACUCCUUGGGAACUAUUGUCCUAGUCAUAUGUACUACUAUUCAUGCAGCUGCGGCAGACAAACCAGUGAUCAAUCGCCAAAAUGUCGUCCGUCGAUAUAACCCUAUACGCACGAACCUGUCUACCACAACCCCCAUGCAGGUUGGCAACGGUAACUUCGCAUUCGGGGCGGACAUCACAGGUCUGCAGACAUUGCUGCCCUUUAACAUACUAUCUUCCUGGUGUUGGUCUAACGACUCUCUACCGAGAACGCCUGGCCAAACCGAGCCGCCAGACUUUACGGGUCUGGACUGGUGGACGCACAAUCGCCUUGUGAAUUAUGAUAUACCGAACCCGGCCGAGGCAGAGAUCUCACAGUGGCUGAUUGCCAAUCCACAUCGGGUCAACCUUGGCCGGGUUGGGUUUCUAUACAAAGGUGACAGCAUCUCGAUCGAUGAUGUCACUGGAAUGGAGCAGAGUCUUGAUCUGUAUAGCGGAAUUCUGAGUUCGCAGUUUACUCUACAUGGACAAAGGGUUUCCGUUACAACUGCUGGAGACCCAUCCGCUGAUAUCGUCGCUGUUGAUGUGCAAUCAUCGCUGCUGCGGGAUGGCACCUUGGGCGUGUUCUUUGACUACUCAUUGACCACAGGAGUGAACAAGUUCGAGGCGCCAUUUGUGGGCAACUGGACGGCGAUUUCGGACCAUACAACUGUGUUGAAAAAUGUUACAGGAAAGGGGGCUGUUAUUAGCCAUUCACUGGGAGGUACAACGUACUAUAAUACCAUUCAAUGGGAACAGGCGGGCAAUAUGACCGGUCCUUUUAAGGGGACACACCGAUAUCUACUCCAACCUACCGGAGGUACAAAUCAGUUCACAUUUAUUGCGGAGUUUUCAUCAUCUACAAGAACGAGGAUCAAACCAUUCGCAGCUGUCAAAAGGGCCUCCACACGCUGGUGGGCUGAAUACUGGGAAUCCGGGUCAUUUGUAGACCUGACGGAAUCCGGAUCUUCAGAUGCAGACGAGCUACAGCGACGUAUUAUCCUCUCCCAGUACCUGUUAGCCGUGAACAGUGCCGGUAAAGAUCCCCCGCAAGAGUCCGGUCUGCAGAAUAACGGCUGGUACGGCAAAUUCCACCUCGAGAUGGUUUUCUGGCAUCUGGGCCACUGGGCGCGAUGGAAUAAAUGGGAUAUACUAAAUCGCAGCCUGGAUGUGUAUAACCGGUUUCUCCCGUCCUCUACCCAACGUGCCGAAAGGCAAGGAUACGUUGGUGCGCGACUUGGAAAGAUGAGCGACCCAUCCGGGGCAUCCGCGCCUGGGUCGCAAAAUGCGCUACUCAUCUGGCAGCAACCACACCCGAUGUAUUUUGCUGAGCUGGAGUAUCGCUCGUCGCCAAGCGUAGACACCUUGAACAAGUGGGAUCAUCUUCUGCAUGAGCUCGCAACAUGGAUGGUUUCGUAUGCGUGGUGGAACGCGUCUACACAGGUAUAUGACCUCGGCCCACCAAUGUACCCAUCGUCGGAGAAUACGAGUCCUAAUUCAACAUAUAACCCUACCUUCGAGCUGGCCUAUUGGCGCUUUGGUUUGAAGAUUGCCUCGGACUGGAAGACUCGGCAAGGUGUAUCUGUCCCUGAACCUUGGACUCGAGUGCUCAACAACCUUGCGCCACUUCCUAUAGUUCACGGUGCAUACUCUAUUUGUGCUGAUCUGCCGGAUAUGUGGAAUAAGAGCAGCUAUACAUCCGAUCAUCCCAGCCAGAUUGCCGUCUAUGGGCUUCUACCGCCAACCACCGGUGUAGAUCCAUCAACUGUGAAUGCUACCAUGAAUCUCAUCGCCCAAACGUGGAACUUCACAGCCUCCUAUGGAUGGGACUUUCCGAUGCUAGCGAUGACAUCGCUGCGUCUGGGAAAUAUUGAUGAGGCUAUUGAGUAUCUACUACACCCGAACUUCCAGUUUGAUGACGUAGGUAAUCCUGUAGGGACGGUGGUUCCGACUCCGUAUUUCCCAGCCUCCUCAGCGUUGCUGCUUGCCAUUGCGAUGAUGGCUGGAGGGUGGGAUGGUGAAGAGGGGAUCCAUUUUCCGGAGAGCUGGGGUGUGAAGGUUGAGGGCUUUUCGGCGGGGAUGUGA